AUGAAAGUGACUUCUAGAGAUGAUAACAAUUCAAGGAAAUCUAUCUCAGUUUUAAAGGAUACCAUUGGUGCUUCAAAGGGAAAGGGGAAGAUUAUACUUAGUGGAAGAACGGUUGGGGCUACUAACUCCGUCCCAACGCAAAUUAAUAAUUGGGAUGAUCACUAUGAGCCCGAGGGAGAAAACGGUGAGUUAACUAUUUCUGCUCCUGCUAAUCUGGCUAUGAAUGAAAGCAUGGACCUAUCUGAAGGUCAUGACAAUCCUCUAGUAGAAAAGUGA